AUGUCAUUGAUGAAAACAACCACCACAACGACUAUGAAUUCGGGUUCUGAAUCCAUGAAAACGAACUCGACCACCACAAGUACGACCACACCAAAACCACCCAAUGCAAGAACACUCUCACACACUCAGAAUUUUUACUUUGGUGGUUUAUCGGGAAUGAUGGCUACGAGUGUGGUUCAACCCAUUGAUUUGAUCAAGACAAGAAUGCAAUUGGCAGGGGCAAAACCAUCGUUGAUUGGAACCUUGUCUAAAAUUAUUAAUGAAGAAGGAGCUAAAAGAUUAUAUAAAGGAUUGGAUGCUGCAUUGUUUAGGCAGAUUACAUACACCACCACAAGAUUGGGAGUGUUUAAUACAUUGCAAGAUUAUCUUACCUCAACAGAUGCCAAUGGUAAGAAGGUUCAACCAAACUUUGCAAUGAAAAUUGCUUCUGGAAUGGUUGCAGGAGGAGUGGGAGCUCUGGUUGGUAAUCCAGCAGAAGUUUGCUUGAUUCGUUUGACAAGUGGAAAGUACAAUUACAAACAUGUGGGAGAAGCACUUGUUCGUAUUGUUAAAGAAGAAGGUAUUGCACGUCUAUGGAGAGGAACUACACCGACCGUCACAAGGGCUGUCAUCUUGAAUGCUGCUCAAUUGUCAUGUUAUUCGCAAGCCAAAGAAAUGCUUUUGAAGUAUAACAUGAUGAAAGAUGGCCUUGGAUGUCACAUUGUCAGUUCCCUUAUUAGUGGUUUUAUGUGUACAGUUGUCAGCAUACCUGUGGAUCUUGCAAAGACAAGAUUGCAAAGUAUGAAAGUAGAUCCAGUAACGCUUAAACCAGAAUAUUCAGGAUCUUUGGAUGUUAUCACCCGUGUCGUUAAGAACGAAGGAUUUUUCAGCCUUUGGAAAGGAUUUACACCAUACUUCCUGCGUUUAGGACCGCAUACCGUUCUCACAUUCGUUUUUCUUGAACAAUUCAGAAUGAAUUUCGGACAAUAG